AUGGCAAACUGUCGCCUCAAGGUGUUGAAGUGCCAACUUCCAGGGCAACCAUCUGCCAAACAACUACUCAACCUGUCUUGGGACGAUGAACUAGCAGAGAAAGCGCAGCGACAGAGUGACACAUGUCAAUUCGGCCAUAACACGAACGAGGAAAGAAUCACCUCGAAAUGGAGGAAUUGGGUUGGGCAAAACAUUGCAGGAAACCCAGCAUAUGAAAAUGGAUUUGCAGCUUGGUUCAAUGAAUACAAGGAUUACAAUUUUCGACGAAAGAGUUGUGCUAGAGUGUGCGGACAUUAUACACAAGCAAGUCAACAUUGA